ACGUCACAAACGUAUGCUGCGUGCGUCAUGAUGUCAUAACUGUUACCAUUUUAAGAUGUUCCGCGAGAAAUAGCUCCGGCCUGCAGCAGCAGACAGCCGUCAUCUAAAGAGCAGCACCGAUGGGUCGCUGCACAUGAAGUUCGCCUCAUGCUGAGAUGUGCCAUGAUAAGUGGUGAUGAUACAAAAUGAAAAACCUAGCAGAGGGAUGACCGUUCUCGCAAGGAAAUUUUUUGAGAACCAGUCUGUUGGAAGAGUGGACAUACCGAUUCUCACAUGGAAGCCAAUUGUGUGGUUGUCUGGAUAUAUUUUUACUAAUACUGCAGAUUGAAAAAGUGAUGCCAUCAGCACAUCGCCAAUAUAUAUUAGUCAUGGAAAAUCAGAAAUCAGUGAACAUUAUUGCUUCAACGCAGUUGAGUGGAGAAUCGAGUACCUUCAUCUGCACUGAAUGUGGUGAUGGGUUCAGUCAGUACUCUAAUGUGUUGGCCCACAUGGCUAUUCAUGGACCUUUGGAGUCAUUUUCCUUGGAUGGCUCAUCAAAUGGAUUUGAAGUCCCCCGAGAAUAUGUGCUACAAGAAAAUGGUACACUGACAGUUGUGAAUGGUUUCGAGACACAUUCUUCUGUAAAACCAGUAUCUCCUGGAGUCCUGCCAUCGCAUUUCCCACCCCCCAUCAAACCAGUGUCUCCAACCAUCAGGCCACAGCCUUCUCCUUAUAGAGAUGUGUUCAGGCCAAGGCCAUCAGACUCAAACUUGGACAAGUCUCGUCAGGGCCAUUACCGUUGUGAAAUAUGUAGCAGAUCAUUCAACAGCCUACAGAGUUUACAUCGUCACCAGCAGUAUCGAAACACAGAGCGAGGUUACAAGUGCACUCUGUGCUGUAAGAUCUUUGAAGGUCGACAGGACCUUAAGAAACACCUCCAAGACCAUGCCAAUGAAAGGUUUCACUGCUGUAGUCAUUGUGGUAAGCGAUUCCUUAAAGUGGAUGCACUUAAUGCUCAUCAAAAAGAAAAUCACCUCGUCCCCAAGACUUUAGUUUUGAAUAGGCAGGAAAAGAAGAACGAGAAAACAUAUGCUUGCAGAAAGUGCAAGUGCAAUUUUUUCUGGAUGUCAGACUUUCAGACGCAUGCACUGCACCACUGCAAAGGAAAAGGGCCGGAUGCUACUUUGGCAUCCGAAAUCGAAAUUGAGGUGAACUCUAAGAACAUAGACGUACCUCUUCAAAGCUGCUACAGUAAUGGUACAUCUAUUGAUGUUAAGAACAUUGGUAGUAAAAUCUUAAAGGAUACUAGUGAUGAGAUCAAUACUGAAUUGUCUUCCACACCAUACAGAUGUGGUUUAUGUGGGGAUCGUUUCCAAAAAUUAACCGCUCUGAAGGAGCAUCAUCUCACACAUCAAACUCAGGAGGAAAUAGAUCAGCUGACUCAAGAAUCACAAAAAACCUUUAAACGAAGAAUGCCACCUAAAGGCAGACGUAGAAGGGCGAGUAAUCCAAAUGGCAAACUGCAUCCUUGCAAGCACUGUCAUCGCGUCUUUAAUCAUUCCAGUAGUUUAUCCCGGCACAUGAGAUACCACAAGGGUACUAUGCACACAUGUGUAUUUUGUGGUAGACAUUUUCCACAGCGCUGUGAUUUGAGAAGGCAUAUAGCCAUGUACCACAAAACUGAACAGGAAAAGAAACCAGGUCCGAAACACUUAUUCACAAAUCCACAAGAUGGUCCUGCGCCUAUUCUUAAUGGCGACAAAAACUUAAGCUCUCCUGAUGAGAUAACCAAGAGCUCCUCUGACAAUGAACAAACGGCAUCACCAGAGCAACAUCCAAAGGGGAAACAAUCGGGCAAAGCGGGCCGAGUUAACUACAAGUGUCAGGAAUGUGGAAAGAGAUUUGGCCUGUUAUGUGUGUACCAACGCCACUUGCGCUAUCAUAAAAAGGAACCUAGUAAGUGUCCGAGGUGUCCUGCUCAAUUCAAGAACCAUUCAUCCCUGGAGCUUCACCUUCAAAAUCAUCCGAGCAUUGGAGAAGCUGAUGAUGUUGGACAAACCUCUCACAGCACUGGUUCCAGUAGGGACCCUGUCUUAGAGAAGGGUAAUGCAGAGGACAUAGAGGAUGACUUCAUGGACCAUACUGAAAAUGAUAAAGGAAAUUCUUCAGAGGUUCUCUAUGAAUGCACUGAGUGCACUGAGACAUUCUUAUGCUUGGACACGUUUCUUCAGCACCAGACUUCUCAUGGCUCCGAAAACAACGGGUAACUAUCCUGUCAGACCCACUUGUUAUUGCCAACAAUCAAGCAUCCAGUAGUUGAGUGUUUUUGACUCUCAGUAGUAAUGCAACUAUUUUAAUAACUGUAUAUCGAUGUAAAGUUUAUAACGUUUCUUUUUGAAUAACUACUUUUAUACACACUUUUUCCUUUUGGCAUGAAGAGAAGAGUUCUGUUUAUUAUUGAAUUUCAGAAACCAAUGGGAAUCAGGAGACAAGGCUUGGAUGGGGAGCAUACCAAAUUCAUUUUGUAUUAAAAUAAUAAAAACAAAAUGUUUGACAUCGGUUAAUUGCAAACCUAGUAUUCUCCCACACGGUUCAGGUACAGUUAACUGUCCCACCAAUUGUUGACUAGCAAGGAUGAACAUGAGGCUUCUCAUUGUAUUUUUAGUGGCUACCAAUGCUGUUAUUGUCAAUCAUGUUACUACAUUUUCCAUGUUUUACUUCCAAUUUUUGUGAUUUUGAUAUUGUCUGUAAUAAGUGGUAUGUGUAUGUCUUCCUUUUGAAAGGGUAGCAUUGUCACGGAGUGGAUUUUUUAUUGUGCCAUUAAAGUUGUACAGAGAAAUUAUUUUAUGUGCCAUCAGUUUUGCUUUGACUCCCUUUUCACGGUUAUCCGUCUAUAAGAAAACCCCACUGGCUAAAUAAUUUAGUUCCCUUCUACAUACUAUGAAGGUGUGUUAUUUCUCAUUUUUUAUUGUGUUGUACAGCAGACUAAUGGCAACUGCACAGAGAGAAAUCAUUGUGUGGGUUGUGGAUCAGAAAUGUUGGGACAUGCAUCAGCCACUCGAUUUUUAAAAUUCUUGACAAGGUUCUUGUGAUUUUGUGACACUUCAAAAAAAUGGUUCAGAAGAAACUAUUAAUGUGAUUGGUUCUCAUGGCCUCUAUCGAAAAUAUCUUCGGUGACUCCUACCUAGUACUAGUAUCAAAAGACACUGUGGUAGGCAGCAAUGCACACUGCUAUCCUGAGUCCAUAAGGUCCUAAACUGUUUAACUAAAAAGGUAAUGUCCAUAGCAGCUUUGUGAGCAUAGUGUAUCCAAUUACAAGCAAGAUGGUGAUACCUAAGGACUACGGCAAAGGAGACUACACAUGUUGCAUUAUCUUCAAAGCAGUACAGCUUACUUUGCGUGCCCUUUCUACUUAAUGCCUAGAGUCAACCUUAUGCCGUAUCAUCUUAACUUUUUAAUGGCGCAUUCUGUACUCCUGAAUUGUUUUAAGUUUAAUGACAUCUCUUAUUAUACUGCUCUUGCCAAAUUACUAAUGUAGUAACAACCAUGCAUCACAGCAAUGUUGUCCAUUUUAGAUAUAGUAAUAGCUUAUCCUUGGCAACAUAGCGCUAGCCUCCGCAGAUGGUCUGCGAGCAUUCACAAAAAUUUUUGUGUGUUGCAUUAUUGUCCAAAACGCCAGAGGGUAUAGCAUAAGGACGAGUGUAAACAGCAAAAUGCCAUAAACAAACCUCCACAAUGCCGAGAAGGGGUUGUAAUUCAUUGUAAACUCAUAUCUCAUAUCCACUACUUGAUUGCAUUUAUAGAAGCCAGUUGCGGAGCCUUCACGCUGUGAUUCCGUCAUUUUCUGGCGUGCGCCUCGAAACCAGCUUCACUACGGUGACCAUUAACUACGCUUUAGUCCUUGUGGCCAACGAAAGUACUGCAAUCUUCUACUAUGGCCAAAAAAACAUUCUUCUCAUAGGCUAGCCAUUGUUGAAACACCUGUUAAUGAAAAACAUUUACUUUGCUUCAGUAUUUCGUGAAUCUGAAAUAAUGCAGACAUACUGGUUCUGUAACUUUUAGUGGAACAUACUCAAUAUAGAGGACUGAGUGGGUGUGUGCCCUAGUUCUCUGACAAGUGUGUAGAAGCCCGAAUGCUUGGCAUGUGGUAUUGCUGCUUGCAGCUUUCUUAAGAACAGCUCAUACUAAAAACGUAACUCUUAACAUUGAGUUUCCUUGGGUCCUGAGCGAAUCCACUUCCCAGCCCAAAGUUGCGUCACGUACCCGAGUCUCAGCUACUCAUGGUCAGAAACACUGGUGAACACAGGUGCAGACUUUAUCAUAAGGUUAGAUAGGCAACUGCAUGGGGCCCUCAACUAAAGGGGCCGCAAACAGCUAUUGAUAAAUUAUGUUUGGCCUAGAUAUAACAAAUAUUGAAUUAUGUUAUUAUUCUAACUCUUUGUACCCUUAAAUAACUUACAACAGACUCCCUAAGCACUUACACAAUAUGCAACUCAACUUACUUACUCACUGUGUACUUCUGCUUCAGAGAACAAAUUUGCCAGUACUACUGCAUUUACCUGACAGAAAAAUGUUACUGGUUACGUUGCAGAUUCUGACUUUAGUCACAAAAUAAAACUAUUAUAAUGUGGUUAUGAUGAUCAUUAAUCAUUAAAAUAAAAUAUAUUAGAAUUGAAAGCUUCACCUCGACAGACGUUAAGUAAAUGCAAGUACAUUGUGCUAGUGCCUCUCUUUCACACUACACUUCAAGAAAAAUGAAUGCAGGUCUUUUACUGUGUGGGAUUAAUAGUUUUGUGUUGUGUGGUGACCCCCAAGUAGUUAGGGCGCACAUGGGUUCAAAUGCCCUGAGCAGUGAGUCCCUGUUUCGAUUUCAAGCUGGCCGGACCAUUUGCUGCAUGACAUUCCCCUACUCAUGCUCCCCACAUUUCUGGGCUCUCCACUGUCAAUUUAAGGCAUAAAAUGCCAAAAUAAAAUAUAUUGAUUAAAAAACCUACCACUACCACUCUGAAUAUAAACAUUCCCAUUUAGAGAAAGGGUGAAACACAAAGUCCUCAAAUCACUAAAUCCGCCCCUGUAAGUUGUGGCUACUCGCGGUCAGAAACACAGGUGAAAUGCACAUAGUGGGGCUAUUAAUUACCAAAUAUGCGUAUUAGUUUCUUCCUUUCACAUAACCACAGUAUAACAUGGAUUUAAUUAGCUGAGUAACUAGUGGUGUAAAUUAGUAUGACAAACAAUAUGAGUUGCUGUUCCAGUAGGCUGUCGCUCUUUGACUCUAGGGACGAGAAAAAGAGUUCGGUUGUAACAUUAGUGUACCCAGCGUCCAGCAGCAAAAGUGAACUACAGUCACAGCCUGUAAAUGCCUGUUGUGGACAACAGUCAGUCCGUAGAGCCCUGAAGCACCGCCCCCGCUGCUGCACCAUUCACUUGUUUAAUCAAAGUUUAUGAAUAUAGAAUAAACAAUACACCUGCAUGGUGUGAAGUAGAUCAGAUGGACAGUUCAUAAGAUAUGCGCAGGACACACACAUACGUACAGACAGACUGAGAUUCCUUGCUUAAUAGUUUGAGCUGGAAGAGUUAUGUACUAGCGUACUAUUUGGGCACUGAGCAAUACAUUUAUUUUGAGCCAAAAACAUGUAGUAGUGUUUGAAGUCCUUCUCCUGGGACCAUGCAGUUAUGCAACCAAACUUUUCCAGUCUUCUGCAAACCUUGAUUUACUAUCUUUACCUAUCUAUGAGAGAGACAUCCUGCAUCGACUCUGCAACCCUUAUGAUUCUGCUUAGCACAAGCAGUCUUGAAACUAUAGGUGAGGUGAAAUACUUUGUAUCAACGCGAUUCCUGAUGCAAUUGACCUUUUGCUAAGCAACGCAACCUGCUGCUACGCCAUCAUGCUGUCAGCUACCAUGGAGCCCACACUGUCAAUAACUGCACUCCCUGUAUCUAAUUUUUGGUAAUACUAAAAAGCAAUUUGAUAGAGAAGCAGACAGAAAGGUUUGCGUUUGAAGGAUAUGGCCAGGAUAUCAAACUGAUUCGGCAGCAAAAACGUGUUAAAAAGAGAAAGAUAGAAGCUAAAGCCCACAGAUCACAAGUGAACCACCAACUGUCGAUCGAGUCAGAGAACAAUGAAAUUAAGUAAAAAUACUGUAUAUACGUAUCUCCUUCCAACUUCUGCGGGUACUGAGAAUCACUAUUAGAUGUGCUUCAAGCACAACAUUUAACCGUGACUUGCUUGAAAUCCACAAAACUAGACUGAAAAUAAAGAAAAUCUGAAAAGAUUGCUUGAGAGUCUAUUGAGCACACCUGGCUAGUUAUAGGACCCUAGUCAGAGCUGGUCAAUGCUACUCUUAUGAUUGGUCAGUCUGCUUUCGAGGGGCAGGACGUAGCCAUUGGUCACUUGCAUAUCAGCAAGGAAGGUAUAAUUAAUGCCUUGUGAGCACUGCCUUUUAUUCCUGGCAUAAAAGCUAAUAUUACAAGAACUGCCCAAUCUCAGAACCCAUCAGCUAUCGGUCUGACGACUAGCCUCUGGGGGCAAGGACUUGUAUUUCUGGGGUUCUGGUGUAGCCAGUGGUUAUUUGGACCAAGACUUCUUUUUCCGUGGGAGAUGACCUGUACGACUGGAUUGUUUCACAUGUGGGCAGUUUACAAUCCAAUUUUAAACCAAUAUAAAGCAAAAUCGUCAGAUGAUAGCCACUGGGUUCCAAGAUUGCAUUUAAGCCAAUGCGUUUUGCCUCUUUUGCUCUUCAAAUGGACGGUAUACUUGAGUUCAACCAAAGCCUGCUCAAACGUGAUUGGUCAAUAAUGCAACGGAAACCAGAACCCUUCAGAUACCAAAAUCUUGUCCAGAUGCCGCAGCAUACGAAUGCCGAUUGUCUUUAUGGAGACAUAGAUCACAAUGUGUAUAGAUACAAUAGAUCACAUUACAUAUUCUUUCCCGAUGGCAACAUGCACUGUGAUCACUUUUGGCCUCCUUUAAUGAAAACAUUCAUUAGAAUUGUCUCCGAUACCUUUCUGUUUGCUCUAUAUAAUGUAACCAUCUGCUGAUUCAAAGGGAACAUUUCUUUCCUCCAGGGGGCAGGCUAGUAUGGUUUUGUUUUGUUUUUUGUUUCGGUUUGCUCUUUGUUUGGUCUUUCUUGCCCUUAAUGAUUUGCCGCAUCCGCUCAGACAUCAGCAUACUCAGCUGCUGCAAAGCCAGGCGUCCAUCCUUGUUCUAUAUUAUGUAGCACAUCUGACAGUUUUCAAAACACCCUGAGAGGAUUUAUGCCUUGUCAUACCCUACAAUUGAUGGACAGAAGAACAUACAUAUGUCCCUUUCUUCAUAUGGGCAGCCAACAGCAAUGGCCUAAAUGGCCUUGGGUUAAACAGGGAAAUUCAACUGUUUACUUGGUAAAUAACUUGUUCUUCUUAACAAGCCAAGAAAACAGACACACCAGACAAAGUUCAGGUCAAUAAAUGAUCUAAAGGCCCUGAUAUACUCCAAAACAAACGCAGACAGCAGACAUUCAAGGGGUUCUGUAUGCUAAUGUGUCUGCACAGGCAGACUUGAUCAAAGGCAGUACAAUCAGCGUGGUCAUAAGCACAUGAACUAAUGGGGGAACCGCCCCUUUUAGGUGACCCAAGCAAGUCCAUUUGGUCCAUUAUAGCUUUCCCCAUAAUUCCCUGUGUGUCACUGGUGUCUGUGUUCAGGAAUUUACCAUUCACUUUUGGCAAUGGGUUUUUGACCUCUACACAAAGGUCCCUGCAUGACAAUACCUGUAACCACUGUAGUCUGACAUCCCUAAAUGUUAUCAGUCUUGUCUUGUAUGGUCAGUCACCUUUUAAAUACAUGGUGUGUUCCCGUUACCAGAAAACAUUCCACCCUUGUCUGCAAUUCUCACAUACACAAACAUACCUCUUAUGAAAUAUUUGCCUUGUCUUAGGUAAAUCAGCAAAAUGGCACAUUCUAAUUUACUAGAAUACAUUAACCAAUUCAAGUGUCCUUGUCCAGAUCAGUAAUUUUGGUUGACUCCUAAAUACAGUGUGUAUACACCAUGUGCCUCCUCCAAUGCACUUGUUACUACUGGAUGCUAAACCCAUAGACUGUGUAUAACUCUAGACCAGCUCUAUAUCUCCUCCAAAUCCAUCCCCCCCAAAUCCAUCCCCCCCACCACCCACACCACAAUC